AUCGUUUUUGGCCAAGAGGUGUUUGCUCGACCGGCAACAGGUAAGUUCAGAUUCAUUUCUAAAUAACAGGCAGAAAUUUGAAAAGUUGUCACAGUGUAUUGUGAUUUUUUCACUGGUCCGAAGAAAUGGCCGGUUAUAAGUCCUUGUAUUUUGCGGAGUAAGUUUAGAUUCAGUUUCAAUAAUGACGAUAACAAUCAAAGCUUGUUUCUAUGCCACGUUCCGAAAAACAGGUAUGGUGGAGAUAAUAGGGCUUAAACUGGGUCCCUUUUGGAAGCUUGCUCAUCAUUCUUUCGAUUAAGCAAACAAUUUGACGUAAGCUUCGGGAAAAUGAUCAAGAAACGUGGUCUGAUUAGGAAGAAAUCUUGCUUUGCUGAAAGCUAAGAAUUUCUCUGAACCACGUGAGUUUCGGGGUUUUAACUCAUAACUGAUCAAAUUUUGAGCCAGCGUUUCCAACUGUGAUUAUCACCUAAAUUCAAGGAGAACUAAAAAGACCCAAGCAACUUCUAAAGUCUCAUCCAAGUUUAUACCGACGACAAGAAGUCGUCGCUGUUCCGCCCGUGGCGACAUCAAUACUUGAAGGACCUUACCUUCCUCCUGCAAAUGCAGAAAAUGAGUUGCUUGUUGGACCUACCGGUGUACCAAGUCCUCUGCAUCGUGGCUAUCCGUCGUUUCCUGGACCUCACAUCCCACAUUUGUUUCCCUACGGCUCCUACGCUAGAUUUCAUGGAUUUUACCCUCAUCAGAGCUACUAUCCCAUGAUACCCUGGGGACUUCAUCAUGGUUAUACUCACUGGCCUCAUAUGCAGGCUUCAGGACCAGUUUUCCUAGCAGAUCCAAAUGACGGGAUGUAUCAGGAGCCUGUCACUGGGACUAUGAUUCCCCGACCGAUAAUACCUCCACAGUAUCCAGGAUUCUAUAUGAAUCACGCUGUUGAAAUGUACAGACAUAAUCAUCUUGGACCAAUGUUUCUUGGAGGGCAUGGGGCAAGAAUGUAUCGUAAGAAUGCUAUAAGAAACUAAGUUAUUUAUUGCAAUGGCUAUCAUCUUUAUCUGUUCGAAAUUUUGAGUCAUUAACGCGGAAAGUUAUUUUUUUUCCACCGAUCAUGUGUUGGGUAUCUAAGUAAUAGACCACACACUCCACGCUGGAUAUCGGGAGAGCACGAGAAAUAGAGAAUAAUACAUGGGCGCGCGUAGAUAUGGAAUUUCUCUUCGUGUGUUUAACUCGAUAGCUUACGAGUGAGCGCAACGAACGAGAGAGAUGUCGAGUUGAACACGAGAAGAGAAAUUCCAUAUCUACGAGCAACCAUGUAUUAUUUUGUUUAUUAGAUAAACACAAAAGCCCUUUACUGAGAAGAAAAGCCGACUUCAUUGAUGAAUGAAAAUAAAUGAAUCGAUUAUUCCCGAAUAACAACCGUAGAGUGUGUUAGCGCUAACUCUUAAGAUGGAAAAAUGCGUUGAAUAAUGAUUACAAAAACAACAAUGGACGUAAUUUUCAAUUUAAAAAAUCUCAUUUAUUGACUUUGUCCUUACCGACAGAAGAAGUAUUUCAGGUAAACCGCCAAACUCGGCCGGUGACAAAUCUUCCAGUUAUCGAUUUUCAUUCUCAGCCGAGAGAAAUGCUAACACCAAAGCCACUGAAUAAGUAACUUUCGGUUUUCUUCUGGUCUAUUGGUUUUCUUCCCCUUCAAGGAAAGUUUGAACCUCGCUGUCUGUCAGCAAUACGUAUUUUUUAGUGUUUUAGCCGCCAUAUAAUUCGAGAAAGCUCCGACAAACAAACUUGUAUUGAGAAUCGUGAAGGCUUUGCCUAUCAUUCCUCAACCUGACCGAGUGGCGCCAAAGGCAAGUGACGUGUCAGCAGCUGAUUGGCUAUAUCAACACUCGUGAAAAAAUACGAUAUUUUUUCACGUGUGUUGUUACAGCUUUUCUCAGGGCCGGAAAUCCCUGUAUAACACCACAGUUUACGUGAUAAGAGUUUUUAAAUCACGAGCAAGAGGGAAGUGAUUUACAAACUUUUUGAGUGUUCACCCAACAUCCCAAGUGAGUUAUUACGCUAGUAAACCUGUAAAGAAUUGAGUCUACAGCGUUUGUAAAACAACUAGGGGUUUACUAGUGCAAUAAAUGAUAGGCUUUUGACCAAUCAGGGCGUUCGUAGUCUCUCAGAUAUUUUACAUCAAGCUUUAAUCAGUUUCGUGCACCAUUAUUCAUUAAAUUGUACGUCGCGCUAUUUUCACCCGGUUGGUUCUAAUAUACAAGGCGAUAAAGCAAACGCUCGAACAAAACUCAAUGAUUUGCACAUUUUAAGCGACAGAGUCUUGACAGAUUUUCUCUUAUCUCCUGCAGCCGUUGAUGUUACCAACGUGGAAGAUCAAAUUUUAGACAAUUCAGCAAAUUUACACAGCUCCCCAAUUGAGGAUGUCGCUCAUAAAAUGGAAGAGAUUAGAGAGGAAACUGAACUUGAACGACAGAAACUAAUGAAAGCAAUGAAACUAAAAUCUGCGAAGAAGAAAGUACAAAAGCAGUAG